GGGUUUUUUCAGGUCACUUGUUUUAUCUCAAAAGAGAAAACCAAUAGUUUCCUCUGAAAAUUUAAAUUAGAACCUGUAUCUCAACGACCGGCUCAAAGAUAGCCAACACGUGAUUCCGCCAUUUUUAGGAGCAAAAUCGCUUUUAAGCGAUGUGCUCGAAUUUAUUUCGAUUAUCGUCUGGACACCGGGUAAACUACUCGAAUCCCCGGGUAAACUACUCGAAUCGCGACCCAUGUAGCAGAACGGAAAAACAGCAAACAACAAACAGCGUCGAUUGUUUCGCAGCCCACAAUUUCAGCUUUUUUUUAAAGUAAAAACAGAAUAUUUCACGUCGAAAAUGGGCGAUAACUUCGGAAUCCAUCGCGGCCCGUCCAAGAAGCAGACGGAACAGGCUGAAGACCGUACUCAGGGCCAGAUUUUGAGUGAUUUCCUGACACAGCUGGAGGACUACACGCCGACGAUCCCGGACUCGGUAACCUCGUAUUACUUGAACUCGGCCGGCUUCGAAGGAGCUGAUCCACGCAUCGUUCGCCUGAUUUCCAUCGCCGCACAAAAAUUCAUCUCGGAUGUGGCCAAUGACGCGCUGCAGCACUGCAAGACGCGCACGAACAGUGCUCCGACUUCCGGGCACGGAUCUUCGAAGAACCAAAACCAAAAGUCAUCGAAGGAUCGCAAGUACACACUCACUAUGGAGGAUCUGCAGCCGGCUCUGAACGACUACGGCAUCACCGUGCGCAAGGCACACUAUUUUGUCUAAAUCUUCUGUCGUAUCUUUUUGUUUGCUUAUUUUGAACGAAUUGGAAGGGUCUUUCCCUCUAUAUCAAUAAAAGUAUAUUAAAAUAUC